AUGGAAGACACUGGUGCUCGUCCGCAACAUGAAGCGUCGCCUGCACCCAUCAAGUAUCUACGCAGCAGGCGAUCGCGGCAACAUCAACCUCCAGUCACAAGCCCGACCACCCGGUCCACCCCGCAAGACCAGGCUGCAGGGGGAGAGAUGCUUCGUACUCGGAGGUAUCUUAGCCUCAGGCGCGCGACGCUGCACGAGUCAUUCGUCCCUGAGCCGCGAUGCACGUUCCUGUCGGGCCCGGAUCGCGCCCCUGCGCUAAUUUGCCAGAUCUGCUUCGAGCAUCGCUUCGACCCAGCGAACAGCACGGACGCGCCCAACCAGGACGACUCUUUUGUCAUCAUGCCGUGCGGUCAUGUGGCCUGUGCGCCAUGCAUGGGCGUUUGGCAGCAGCACCAGCAGCAGCAAGAGGAAGGCCCAGGCGCCGCCGCCGCCACCUGUCCCUUUUGUCGACUUGUGUUGCGCCACGGCGUCUGCAAGCAUCGCCUCCCGGCGAGGUACCUCACCCGUCGGGGGAUGCUGUCAGCGAAGCUCCCCAGGACGAUCCCCGACGGGGGCAGGAUCCCGGAUCAUUGUCGCGAGUGCGUCGAUGGCGUCCUGCUGGCCGAGUUUGGGCCCCGGCUGCGCGCUGUGUCUGCGCAGCUGGCGCUUGCCCGGGGUAGGUUGCGUGCCGUGCGGACGAGGGCUGUUGAGACAGUGGACGUCCUCGAGCAGCACCGGGAGUGCUUGACGCGCGAAAAGGAGGCCACGAGGGAGAGCCUUGGCGCGGGCGGCUGGUGUAACACUGUCAGGUAA